GGCUCAACAGUCCUUUAUGGCUCAACAGUGGUCUCAUAGAUCAGCCGUCCGCGGCCCAGCGGCCUCCACGGCGGAAGGCUCCGCAAAAGCCACGGGUUCGCGGGGCGCAUGGAAAGCCAUGGAAUGACUGCCAGGCCCGCAGAUCGCGUGGCUUUGCACUGGAACUCGAUUUUUGAUGACCCUGGAUUGGUGCCUCGGCGUGCGAGCGAUGGGUCGAAGUGGGCCCCAGCCGCCCAGACGCGCUGAAGCAACCGUCCCAUGGGGGCCGAGGCGAACUCCCUCCACGGCACGCAGAGUCCAUUCAGCUCUCUACUGGACUCCCGCAGCACCUUGCGGUACUUGAAGUCCCUGGCAGCGCCAAAGCCACUCACGAGAGCCUUCCGGCAGUUGUCAGCACACAGGGUGGAUUUGAACAGUUUCCACUACAAUGCGGUGAUCAACUCCUGGGUCAAGGGCCGACGAUGGUCGGAGGCGCUGGCCUCGCUGCGCGCCAUGGGACUAGCGCAGGUGGAAGCCGACCUGGCAAGUUACAAUACUUUGGCCUCCCCAUGUGGUGAAUGGCGUCUCUCGCUGUCCAUACGCCAGUGCUCCCUGCGGCACUCCUUCACCUGCAAUUUAAUCGGCUGCAUUGCAUCCGUGAGUAGUUGCGCGGAGGUGGGGCACUGGCAACGAGCCCAAGGACUUCUCUUGAGUUUACUGAAGACAGAUCUCCAAGCAGAUGAACGACCCGGAAGCGCCUUGAUCAAUGCCUGUGAGAAGUGCUCAAACUGGACAGGAGCCUUGAGCUUCUUGGAGUGGAUGCCGUGGAGCCUGGUCACUCCCAAUCGGAUCACCUUCAACGCUGCCUCCAGCGCCUCGGGAGGGACAUGGUGGAGGAGCUUCACCCUCUUGGCGGCCACUGAAGAGCCCAAUCGAAUCAGCUACAAUAGCAUGCUGAGUGCUUUGGAGAAGGGCGCUGAGUGGUCGAAGGCUUUGAGUUGGCUAGCUCAGCUGCAGCUUCAUCGCGUGGGCGCAGAUGAAAUUAGCUACAAUGCCUCCCUGAGCGCCUGUGGGCAGGCGGGGCGCUGGGAGUAUGCCGCAAAUCUACUGCAAGUACUUGAAGGACAUGGUCAGCCAGAUGAAAUCAGCUUCGCUGCGGCGGUGAGUGCUUGCGAUCAAAAAGGUCGAUGGCGGCCAGUGCUUGACUUGCUUCAAACGAUGAGCGCCUCCUUGCUGGUUCCCAACCAGAUUUGCCUGAACUCGGUCAUCAGCAGUUUCGAGAGUGGACACCAGUGGCGUUGGGCUCUCGAAGGGCUAAUGGAGAUGAUUUGGAGAGAUCAUCCACGGGACGAGCAAAGCUAUGCCAGCAGUAUCAGUGCUUGCGCAAAGUGCAGCCAACCUUGGUGGAGCCUUCGAUUGUUGAGGUGGAUGGAGUCUGAGGGACUUCCAUCCAACGAGCUCUCCCGGGCGCUGUGCAUUGAGUCUUGUCUUUGGGGCGGCCAUCCAUUUGCACUCAAGGAGUCGGCGCACGAAGUCGAGCAAUUGUCCUUCACAGCCGUUGCGCGGAUGCGCCGAUGGUCGUCGAGUAGCGGUGGGUCCAAAAAGCGCAGAGUUCUGUAGAGUUCUGUGUGCUUCAGUUUAC